CGAUGAAAUUUUAGUAUGUAAUGAAGCAGACGGUGUGCGGUAACAAAAACACAGCGAAAUAGUGAUACAUCGAACACUUUCAAAUGGCUAGGAAAGCUGACGAUUUUGGAUCUCCUGCAACAUAUGAUCCUAGCUUCAAAGGACCUCUUGAAAGAAGGUCCUGCACAGAUGUACUCUGUCUGUUAUUAUUUAUAGUUUUCUUAGUAUGCUGGGCGCUUAUUGGAUUCUUGGCUUUGACCAAAGGAAACAUUUCGGUUUUAAUAAAUCCAAAAGACUCCAAUGGAAAUAUAUGUGGAGUAGAUAGUGAUGUAAUAGACCGACCGUAUUUGGUAUUCUUUGAUUUAACAAGAUGUAUUAGUCGGGACGUAUUGACUACAGGAUGUCCUACUAAACAGGUUUGUGUUAGCCAAUGCCCGGAAGAUGAAUUCACGUACUUGUAUUUCAAUUUUUCUCAAUAUUUUGCAGUUCUAAACAGAUGUAUACCCACAUUGCCCCUUAAUUUAGACGCUUCAACAAUAGAGGAUUUAACUGGAUAUAAUAUUACAGCCAUCGAAUCUGCUGUAAAUAAUGUCAAAUUGUUGUCGGCUGCAGGAGAAAUAAGUACCAAUAUUAUUUCGGACUAUACAACUACAUGGUGGAAAAUUCUGGCAGGUUUAGGAUUCGCUGCCUUAGUAUGUAUAAUUUACAUUGCUAUGAUGAGGUGGACGGCGGGUUUAAUGGUAUGGCUAUCUAUAAUUGGAGUACUUGCAUUUUUAGGAUUAUGUGUUUACAUAACAGUUGAUAAUUACUUGUACUACAGAAACAGUAGCGACUCCCCAUCGAACUUCCUUACGCAGUACAUUUCCACGAAAAACGUAUGGCUGGUCUUGGCUAUAGCCGCCUCUUUCGUAUUGGUUGUAAUUUUACUGAUUUUACUGGUUUUGCGAAGUCGCAUAUGUUUGGCCAUCGUUUUAGUAAAGGAAUCUAGCAAAGCAAUUAGUUCAGUGACGGCAUCUUUAUUCUUUCCCGUCUUUCCAUGGAUUAUUCAGAUUGUAGUGAUUAUUUAUGGUCUCGUUAUCGGAUUGUUCCUUUUAACACUAGGGGACCCUUAUUACCAAGUAAGAAAUAUGGAUCCAAAUUGUGCAUGUACUGGAAAUGGCGUAAAUUAUACUUAUCUGUUGUUGUACAUCUGUAGAUGUAAUUAUUUUUUAGCUGUAAAUAUACUUUGCUUCUUUUGGUCGGCCUUUUUUGUAUCUGCGUUUGGUGAAAUGGUUUUGGCUUCUACAUUUGCAACCUGGUAUUGGACUUACCAUAAAUCGCAACUUCCAUUUUUCACAGUUACAGUGUCAUUAUUCAGAACACUUAGGUACCAUCUAGGCACUUUAGCAUUUGGUUCACUGAUAAUAAGCGUUUGCCGAAUUAUAAGAGUGAUUCUGGAAUACAUAGACUACCAAUUAAAAAAGUAUGAUAAUCCUGUUACAAGAGCAAUUAUGUGCUGUUUAAAGUGUUUCUUCUGGUGUUUAGAGAAAUUCUUGAAAUUUAUAAACAGAAAUGCGUAUAUUAUGUGUGCCGUUUAUGGGUACAACUUUUGUACCAGUGCGCGAAAGGCUUUCGGAUUACUUAUGAGGAAUAUUGUAAGAGUUGUGAUUCUUGAUAAAGUGACAGAUUUUCUAUUUUUCUUAAGUAAACUGUUAUUGAGUGCUGGAAUUGGUUGCACAUCGUAUCUUUACUUCUUAAAGGAAGAUGAUAGCUCUCUAAAUUAUCCCUUAGUUCCCGUUAUAACAAUAGCAGUUGGAACAUACUUUAUUGCCACCCUCUUCUUUACCGUUUUUACUAUGGCAGUUGACACAAUCUUUUUGUGUUUCCUUGAAGAUUGUGAAAGAAACGAUGGAUCAAGAGAGAGGCCUUACUUCAUGUCUAAACAACUAAUGAAGAUUUUUGGAGGAAAGAGGAAAUAAAUACGCAUUUUUUUACACAAUAAACUAAGAGUAUUAUUUUUAUAUACAUGUAUGUAAAUGUAAUUAUAUAUGUAGGAAUAUGUAUACAUAUUUCCAUAGGUAAAUAGGUAUAGGGUAUGUCCAGGAAGUACUCGGACUGGAUUUAAAAGAAAACCGUUUACAAUAUCGGUACAUCAUGUGUAACUUAUUGUUAAUAGUGUUUUGCAUGAACACAGUGACGGAAGACUCCUCAAAUUCUGAAACUCAAAUGAAUUUUACAAUUCCUUCGUAAAGACAUCCUGCAUGACUGAGCCGUGGUGCCCGUCUUUUCUCAACCAGUUUGAGUUGGGGUAAGAGAGAGCUUAGGGGGAGCUACAUCUGGACUGAUGGGUGGUUAAGAAAGUGUUUAAACGCGGUGUUUAGUAAAAUAGCUCAUGACAGCGAAGGGGGUGUGGUUCAGUGCAUAGUCUUCGUGGAGCUGAUAUUCGCAGUAUUUUAAACACUUAUUCCUCAAUUUGCGGUCCGAGUUCAAAAUGUUUUUUCCUUUAAACAAGUUCUCGCCAUUUUUAGUCGUUGAUCUUCUUUAACUUGCUCCCUUUCCUCGCAAAAUAAAUAAAUUGUACAAACCGAAAACGCUUUACCCACCUAUGGAUCUAUGGCAUCAUCUCCGUAAGCACUUGAUCCUUUCAUGGGUUUUACUCGCAGUUCUAUCGAGUUUCAAGCAAAAUAACCACUGACUGCCCAAGAAAACAUCUAUUUUGCGAAUAGGCUAGGAGGUGUUUGACAACUGGUGCGUUGCUUACUUAAAAUCUUCCACCACCUGAUCAGUCCAAAAACGUCCCCUAAGGCGCUCCGCCUGGCCGAGAAAAACUCAAUCAAUCCGCUUUCCAAAUAGACCCUGCAUUCAUGUUGAAUACGGAAACCUUUUCGUCAUACAGUUGUCGAACAUCGAAAAAAAAAAAUAAACUAACGUAACCUGACCUGAUCAAAAUCCAACUAUUGUAGAUUAAAUGUUAAUAUAUCCAACGAUAAAUCAUCGAAGUUUUUAAUACGUAUCUAUAUUUUGCAUCGAGAAGACUAAUGACUGCAUUGUUCACAAAUAUGUAUGUUCAUUACUCUUCUGGUGAAUAAUAAAAUUAUUUUUUAAUAAUUCGUGCAAUGAUGAGAGAGUCAACUUAUUAAAAGAGGGUAAUGCUUCAAUGAAGGGGGUUAGUUUGGUAGCAAGUGCAAAUAUACUGUGAAAAUAUUUACACUACCUAUGUAUUGUACCUAUAUUGUAAUAUUUGAAUGAAUUGUAUAUAACUUGUAAAUUAAUGUGAAUAGUUGCUUUAUAAUAAAAUAAUAAUACAUUUUAAAAAAGUUGGACGAAUUUAAUAAUGACGUAAUUGUAAAUAUAAUUUGGAGUGAACGAAGAGACCAACAUUCGAAAAUGAAAUGCUGAACUAUGAUGCUGAAGAAGCAUAUCAACCAACGCCUCUCACGCCCCUCGCAUCAGUGACAAUAGGGUGCUGCAAACUUCACAUGAGAUCCGGGGGUAUUACUUAACGUAACAAGUUGUAACAAGGGUGGAAGGGGGUCUAAAGAAAAGUGAUGUUAGCAGUUCAUCAAUUUUAUUUUAAUUUUUCUGGUACAGCCGACGUGAAAUGGAUCGAUCAAGAUGAAGUGACUGGAAACUUCACAAAUAAAAAAAUAGGUACUUCAGUGUCAAUUAUACAUAUUUGUAGCUAUUUAAAGGAUCCUUAGGUUUCUGAUAAAUAAAGAUUUUUUAUUAUU